UUCUGUUUUUUUUUUAUCACGGGAUACUCUUUAUUAACUUGUACAGUUAACUUAACGUGUAUUCUGCUUUGUUUUAAUACGGCUAGUAUUAACAGGUUUUAGAUUAAAGCUACGAUUCAACGUUGAAUUGAAGAAUAAAAAUAAUGAAGUGGGAAUUAUUAUUUGGAAUUUGCGUAACAGUUUUCGUUCUACACACAGUAAAUGCAAAUUUCAUUGCUCCUCUAAAGAACAAGACAGUAACACAAGGAGAAGAUAUUGUGAUCAGCUGCAAGAUUUCUGCUGGUGCUUCAUAUGUAAAGCGGUCAUGGACACAUAAAUCUACUGUUAUUUUUGCCAAUGGAAACAAGUUACCAAAAGAUCCAAGAAUAACAUUGUUAAGCAAUGAACAUAAUGAAUACACCAUGCAAGUGAAGAAUGUCAACACAAAUGAUGAAGGGUUUUACACAUGCUCAUUAUAUCUCAAUCUUACAUACAAAUCCACAAUGCAUUUAACUGUAAAUGUACCCCCUCAGUUAACUGAUGUAUCAGAAGAUAAAACAGUUGAUGAACACGACCAAGUAAUUCUUAGAUGUAUUGCUUUUGGAAAACCACAACCAAGGAUAACUUGGAGACAUCUUGUGCCAUCAGCGGAUGGCGUUAGAGCGACGAGUAAAUUUUUACCACUUGGUUCUGUAAAGAGGGGAAGUGCGGGUAUUUACGAGUGCACUGCUGAUAAUGGAGUGUCUUCUCCAGUUACUCGCUCAAUUAGACUUUCCGUUAAUUAUCCACCAGAAAUCGAUGAGACUUUGUCACCCACUACGGUGCUUGCACCUAAAGGACAAACUUUCUACAUAGAAUGUGUGACUUCUGGUUUCCCUGACCCUACUUUUCAAUGGAUUAUGCCAGAUGGUAAAACCUUCAAGAAGCAAUUCAGCAACGAACGUUUCAAUGUUCUCACCACCAAGGAAGGAAUAAACACAAUAUCAAAGUUUUAUUUCUCUCCAUUACAACUUAGUGACUAUGGCAACUACACUUGCAUUGCUUCAAACCAAAUGGGAAGAGUCAACACCACAAUUGCUCUUUCUCGCAAGAUUGUUCCCCCCACAAGACCCCCUCCAGGAGAUUUGUUCAAUAGAAAAUGGACAGGAGAUGGAAAGGGGGGUAGGAAUAAUUCUCCGUUAGCAAAAACAUUGCUUUCAAACCACAUAUUAAUCGUAAUUGUUACAUCUGUGCUUGCUUUUUUGUUGUAGUGUGAUGAUUUCCUGUGACUGUCAAAAGUAAUAUCUAUUAUGUAUAAAAAAUUAUAAUCCUUGUUUUGGUGCUAAAUCAGGUCUGGGUUUUAAAAGACCAGAGCUUCCAAAAUUAUAAUUUAGUUUGGUUAAUAAGCAGCUGAUUUUAUGUUAAUCUUGUUUAAAAAUGCCACAAAAAUACUAAAAUCCUGAUUUGGAAAACUUGUUUUUAAUAUUAAGCUUCCAAAAUAACAUCCCAGUAGGUUCUGCCUAAAAUUUUGCCCUUUCUAAAUUCAAAAAUUUUUGUUUUUACAUUCAAACAUUUUUUUCAUUGUAUGCAUAAAUUCUUCAAAUUAUUGGCAAAUUUGUGCACAAGAUACUUUUCUUCAUGACUGUUUUUCCUACUUUCAGUCCAUUCAUUGUUACCUGGCCUAUAGUUUCUUUUAUUUUAGAUCAAGAUUUGUUUCCGUAUUUUGCUGCCCACUAUUUUUUCACUGUGUUUUAACCCAUAGUUUGCAGUGUUGCCAGUUUUAUUUGCUACUAAUCAAGCAACAGCAGUUUCAAGUGAAAUCAGUUGCGAAAGGAAUCACUGUUUUAUUUUUUAUGCUUAUUUUAAAUGAAAUCAUAUAAAUGUCUUGUGUAUCAAUGUUAUUUUUCACUCUGCAGUUAAUAUAAAAUUGUAAAUGAAAACAAAUUUCAUAUUUUUUAAUUUUAGCAUUUUUAAUUUAAAUCAAUAAUUAUGAAACCUGGUCACUCCUACUAUAAAUAUCAUAUACACUCCAUUAUUGGUGCUACCUUAUCUACUCUUUCUUAACUUGUAAGUCAUUUUGCAUUUCAUUUUUAUUUGCAAUGUAAAACUCUUAGAAGGCCCAAAACAUAGAGUCAUGAGCCAACUGUGGCCCAAAUCUCUGGUGCUAUGGCAUGCCAUGCUGUAUAACAUUUCCUAAAACCAAAAUUGUAGUCCCUAAGCAUUACCCAGCAAUUCAUUGCUCAAUGGUAUUAUGCUGACCCAUAUUGAAACUUUGGACCAAUAAAAACUUGGCUAAAUCCGCAAGUAUAUAGUGUAGUUGCAUAUCAUAUCAUAUUUCCUUGCCAUUCCCUCUUCAAGUCUUGCUGUCAUCUGUUUUAAUGUUUCUUCUUCUUUUCAG